AGAUUAAUGAGCCAGGCUUCACAAGACAUAGUUUUGGAGGCUUUACAGCUCUUUCGACCAGAUUUUAUUCACCGUUCACAGAGACGAGUACAUCGACUGGAGCAGAGGGCUAGAGAGAGGCGGAGCUUACAACCAGCAAAUUCCAUAAUAUUGUUUCAGACCACCAAUAAGAGGCAGAGGUGCACCAGGCCACACCCACUCAGUGAUAAUCUUUUUAAACCCAAGGACAGAGAGAUCUCAGGCAAGGAGAUGCAAGUCCGAUCUAGACGAAUUUACAACAAACUGCCUGAAGUGACUAAAAAGAAAGAAGACGAGAGAAGAAGGCUGGUGCUGCAAACCAACAGACUGAGAGCUGAUGUCUUUAAGAAGAAACUUCUAGACCAGAUCCUACAAAGAAACAUUGACUGAAGAGUGUCUGUGCACAAAACUUGUGUCCUUCAUGGUCUCCUUGCCUGUGGUGAAGAACUUCAGGUUCAGAAGAGCUAUGAAGCCCCCAGCUGAGAUUAGUACAGGAUUUUUUCCAAACAUGCCUUAAAAUACAAACCACGUCUCGCUGUAGUUGAGGUGAAUGCACAUAUUCAAGCCCUGAUGCUGAUAAAAUGCUGAUUAUAAUGCACUUUGUCAGAAUAGAAGACAAAACUUAAUUCUAGCAGACCUUAUGAAAACAGCAUCUCAUUUGAAUGUACAUUAUAAAGUUUUAUAGAGCUAAUUACACCCUACUCUUAGAGCACUAAUGAAGAGUCGAACCAAUCAAAUGAAAGAAAUGACAUUUCUUUUUAAUCAUUUUAUGUGCUUCAAAUUAUAUGGGCGUCUAAUUAUCGGAUAAAUGGCGAGUUAAUAGAGUCUCCGGAAAAAAGACAUAUGCACAUACAUAGACUAAUACAUUAUUCAUAGAGUGAUUAAUCACUCCACUGUUUCAUCCUGAAAGAAAUACAUCACUCCAAUGCUUUGGGAUUAGCAUGAGGGUUUUCAGUCAGUGUUCUAUACAGCAUAUCCUUUUACAAUGUCAUAUUUUAAGAAAAUGCAACCCUUUUGUUAUAUCAAUUACACAAAAUAUGUUGUCUUCUUUUUUUUUUUUUACACAAAUAACUACUAAGAAAUGUUUGCUUUCAGU